GGUAUCUGUCUAAUCACUCUUUCUCCCACCCGAGCAGUGCUCAUUCAUUCAUUUGACCCUUUCUUUUGUCUCAACACCACCACCACCAUGAAGUUCACUUCUUCUCUGGCUCUGACAGCCCUUCUGGCUGCUCCCGCUCUGGCCGGUCCUCACGGCCACAAGAUCAGCGAAUCCCGCAACGACGGCUCCCAGGACAACUUCCCCGGAGCUCCCAGCGACAACCAAGGCUUCAACGGCCAAGCCCAGCCCAGCUUCGGCGGCUACCAGCCCCAGGGCCAGCAGACCCAAAGCCAAGCUCAACCCACCGCGCAGGCCAGCACCGCCAGCCAGGUCGCCCCGGCCGUGACCUCCAGCGCCAGCCACAGCAGCUCUUCCUCCUCUUCCUCGGACGACUACUACGUCAACGAGAACUGGGCCGGAGCCAUCCAAGAAACCUCCGGCACGGCCACCUUCAGCUACGUCGCCGCAACCUUCACCCUCCCCUCAGUGACCCCCACCGCCGCCUCCUCGGACGACACCCAGUCGGCCUCCUUCUGGGUCGGCAUUGACGGCGCCACGGGCCAGAACCAGAUCUGGCAGGCCGGUGUCGACAUCUACGUCGAAAACGGCGAGACCAGCUUCCUCGGCUGGUACGAAUGGUACCCGGCCGACACGGUCAGCUUCGACAUGGAUUUCAGCAUCGGCGAUGUGAUCGUCGCCAGUGUGGAGUCGACUUCCAGCAGCGAGGGCGUGGCUAUCCUGGAGAACUUGACCACGGGCAAGAACGUGACGGCCACGGCCUCGGCCCCGUCCACUUCGGCUACUCUGGUUGGUCAGACGGCUGAGUGGAUCCUUGAGGAUUUGAGUGUUGAUGGUGAUGGAUUGACUCUUAUUGACUUUGGUGAGGCGUACUUUACUGGUUGCGUUGCUAAGGCCGGCGGUAAGACUGUUAACUUGGAUGGUGCGGAGUUGUAUGCCGUUGAGGAUAGUACUAGUGAUCAUGUUCAGGCUGCUCCUACUAUUGUUAGUAACACGGAGUUGAAGGUUACUUAUGAGAGCUCUUAGUGCUUAGCUGCUUAGCUGCUUGGUGAUUGGUGAUUGGUGAUUAGUGUGGUGAGAUGUUCUCUUCGAUGUAUUUUAUCUUCUUGUGGAGGGUUUGUACAUAGUCAACUCAACCUGGAUGUUGAUUGUCAUAAUGGAG